CCUUCCUUCUCGCCCGCCCGCCCGCCCGCUGCCGCGCUGACCAUGGCCGGAUGUUGCUUAUCCGCGGAGGAGAAAGAGUCGCAGCGGAUCAGCGCGGAAAUUGAGCGGCAGCUGCGCCGGGAUAAGCGGGACGCGCGCAGGGAGCUCAAGCUGCUGCUGCUGGGCACAGGAGAAAGUGGAAAAAGCACCUUUAUUAAACAGAUGAGGAUUAUUCAUGGGUCAGGUUAUACAGAUGAAGAUAGGAAAAGCUUCACAAAACUGGUUUAUCAAAACAUAUUUACUGCCAUACAAGCCAUGAUCAGAGCUAUGGAUACUCUAAAAAUACAGUACACAUCUGAGCAAAACAAGGAAAAUUCUCUGUUGAUCAGAGAAGUGGAGGUGGACAGAAUAACAGCGCUAGAAAGAAAACAAGUGGAAGCAAUCAAGAAGCUCUGGGCAGAUCCAGGAAUUCAAGAGUGCUAUGAUAGACGGAGAGAAUACCAGCUCUCAGACUCUGCUAAAUAUUACCUUACUGACAUUGAUCGUAUUGCCUUGCCCUCAUUUGUGCCAACUCAGCAAGAUAUUCUCAGAGUCAGAGUGCCAACUACGGGAAUUAUUGAGUAUCCUUUUGAUUUAGAAAACAUUAUCUUUAGAAUGGUGGAUGUAGGUGGCCAGAGGUCUGAAAGAAGGAAAUGGAUUCACUGUUUUGAAAGUGUUACCUCCAUCAUUUUCUUAGUUGCACUAAGUGAAUACGACCAGGUCCUGGCUGAAUGUGACAAUGAGAAUCGAAUGGAAGAAAGCAAGGCCUUAUUUAAAACUAUCAUCACAUACCCAUGGUUUCUGAACUCUUCAGUCAUUCUGUUCUUAAACAAAAAAGAUCUUCUAGAAGAGAAAAUCAUGUACUCCCAUCUAAUCAGCUAUUUCCCAGAAUUCACAGGACCUAAACAAGAUGUUAAAGCUGCCAGAGAAUUCAUUUUGAAGCUGUACCAGGACCAGAAUCCAGACAAAGAGAAAGUAAUCUAUUCCCACUUCACUUGUGCCACAGACACAGAGAAUAUCCGCUUUGUCUUUGCUGCUGUCAAAGACACUAUCCUACAGCUAAACCUGAGGGAGUUCAACCUGGUGUAAAGGAGAAACACUGCUUGGAUCCACCUACCAUCAUCUACCCACCCAGCAUAGACUAAUAAAACAUUGCUAGUGUAUUCUAAAAGAUUCCACAAAAGACAGAAUGACACAGAUACAAAUAGAGUUGUUCUUUGAAACAAUUUACUUACAGAAACAGAGGUUGUUCCUGUACAUUUUGCUGAUCUUGAAAUAUUUACUGAAGAGAAGUGGAUUAAUAGAACUUAAAGGAAGAACUUACAAUGUUUACAAUUUUGUAAACUAUACAUUUUAAAUAUUGUUUUUAUAUUUCCUUAAUUUUGGCUGUGAGAUUUUUUGUGACAACUGUGGUUCAAAGGGUAUUUAAGAACAAAUAUUUUAUAGAACUAUAUAUAAAUCCAUUGCCAUUCAUCUGUUAUUUUCUUAGGGUUUUUUUAUUGCAUUUCGUAAUCAUGAAAUUUAUAGUAGGAAAUUUUAACCUGAGUUGCCUUAGAAAUGAUAAAGUGAUGCUAUUUUAGAAUGCUAGAUACUGUAAGAUUUAUCAUUUAAGUUAGAAUGAGCUAUUAGCAUUUUAAUAAAUUUGGGGCCAUAUAUUAAAUUUAAUCAUUUAG